AUGGGAAUCAAAGGUCUGCACAAGGGCCUAUCAUUCUGCACGGAAAAAGGAAACAUGACGCAGUUCCAAGGUCGUCGGAUAGCCAUUGAUACAUCGUCGUGGCUCCACAAGAGCGUCUACUCGGUAUCGGAAACCUAUGUUGAGUCAACAGAACGUAAUUGCGUUGACCCCAAGUGCAUACUUGUAUCUUCAAGGUAUAUCAGAAAAAGAUGCGAAGAGCUUCUAAAAGUCUUCAAAGUGGCCGAAAUUUUUCUUGUGAUGGACGGCAAGCGAUGUCCAUUGAAAGUCAACGAAUCGGCAGAGCGUGAGCAUCGAAGGCAACAAAACUUGCGAGAAGCGCGGGUCUAUAAGCGGAACGGAAGAAACGACAAGGCGGAGGAAAAGUACAAAAUGUGCAUAAAAAUUAAAGACGAGCUAACUCACGAGGUGAUGGCAGAAGUGUCAAAAGCAUUCGGGGGCAGCAGAAAAGUUUCAGUCAUUUGGUCACCAUACGAAGCUGAUGCUCAAUUGGCGAAGCUAUGCGUUGAUCAAAUGGCAGAUGCUGUUGUAACAGAGGAUAGCGAUGUCCUUGUUUAUAGCGUUGCUGCUCGUGUGGCGUUUCCUGUGAUAUUCAAGCUAGAUAGAACAAGUGGAGUUUGUGAUAUAAUAUCAAUGGCAUGGCUGCUAGACCCUCCUAAAGUCCAACAGAUUGGAAAAGCAAGGAGUGCUUUGGAAGGAUUGCUCCUAAACUUUGCUUCUCGCGAAUCUAAACGUCCUGGGUUUGGUGCAAGACUUUUUGUUCAAGGAUGCGUUCUUGCUGGUUGUGAUUAUGCGCAUUCUCUUCCAGGUAUGGGCUUAGUCUCUUCUAUGAAAAGUUGCAGAAAUCACAGUUUUCGCAAUGAAGAAGUCCGCUUUAAAAAGAUACUUGAAUCAUUGCCCAAGAAGUCAAAACAAAAUAUUGAUAUUGACGCCUAUGAAGCCACUCUCGCGAAAAGUGAAGCUGUCUUCUACUAUCACGUGGUACUGCACACAAACGGACACAAAAAACAUAUUGCAGUGCCAAGACUAUCAAACGAAGGCAGUGGGACUGGCCACUGUGCUACGGAUCACUCCCCACUGCUCGGCCGAUUUGGAGAUGAACUGAACUUUCUUGGAGAAAUUGAUACAAGCAGACUGCAGUCGGCAAGAAAUGCAAUGCCCCCCCAGCACGCGUCUUCAGACAAUCGUAAACCCCUACAGCCUUCCAACAGUUCGAAGAAACCCAUUUCGAAAUGGUUCCAACCCGUGACAAAAAUGAAGAAUCCUUACUCCAGUGACGCCAAUUCAACGAAUCUUUUCUUGAAAUCCAACCACAAAACAAACACUUUGACUUCCAAUAUACAGAGAUGCAAUGAGCUCCCUGAUACUCGAUAUGCGAAGCGUGUUUUUCCUACUUUUACAGCUGACACCUCGAACCACGGGCAGCGAAACCAGCAGAAUCUUUUAUCAUCGACGGAAAGAAAGGUGGGCAAAUCGGCGCAAUGCAGCGCUGGCGCCUUUGAAUAUGGAGCUGAUGAGGAUGAUUCGGGCUCUGUGUGUGUUCUGGACUUGAUGGCUGCUGACAAUGGAAAGAAGGAAGCAGUUGUAUUCGGCACGGACGACGCGUAUCGAAUCGAUGAAAUUCAUGAUGAAAAUGAUUGCAUUAUAGUUUCAAGAGUUGAGAAACAAGCUGGGACAAAGACACUCUCUGAUACUUCAGAGUGCACGAUACAUAAUCAGGAGCAGCACAAAGACUACAUCUCAGACUUGGGAGACUCUGAUUUUUCGCCACCUUUGACAGUUCACGCAAGCAGCGAAGCUGACGAAGUAUUGACUGAGAGCAGAUUCUUUGCGAAGAGUAGUGCGAGACGCAUCACCUUGGAACCCGCCGAUGUCAAGGAUACCCAGAAGUACGAAAUGACGGGCCAAAAUAGACUGGAUUUGCAAGGGAGAAAACGUCGGAAGAAUUCUCGGAGUAUCGCGUCUUCGAGAGAAAGCACUGAUUCUUUUUUGGAUGAUGUUGUCGACUCCCCAUCUGUAGAGGACUGUGUCCAACAGCGGCCAUAUAAAGUUGGAAGGAAACUCGGUGCUCCAAAAACUUUUGGCGCCAUCGAGGCAGGAUUUGCAAAACAAAGAAAACGAUCAAGUUUCGAAGGAGUCUGUGCAGGGAAGAAAGUGGAGAUAUUGAGACCGUCUGCCUCCAAAUCGAGAGGUCAAGUGGACUGCUAUUUCAAACCGAGGUCACUUUAUAUUGCCAAUCCAUGA